AUGAGAUGGAUGUACAAACACUCCGACAUUUCUCCUUCGGGAAGCAAUGUGGAGUUCUUGCUACGACCGCUUCACACAUCGGCAGAGGUCAACAGCCUUCCCCAAGAGUUUAAUCUCAGAGGAACCACCACAGCCGCGAUGCCGGAGCUUUGGCGGCGAUGGAUGCACGACUGUUUGGAACGUCACGACUCGUGCCGUUCACUAGGCGAUUCGACAGACUUUGUUCCUCGGCUGCUUUUGGAAAUCCAUCAAGGCCACUCCAUUCCGCAACUUCAGUGGCGAGUCGUUGAAACAGCUGCUAUGGAGCCGCCGGCCUAUUUGACAUUGAGCCAUUGUUGGGGGAGGUCUUUACAUCUGAAACUGACCAUGGCCAACCACUCCGCAUUGAGAAGAUUUUCGGACUGCAGCGGGCUGCCAAAGACAUAUCGAGAUGCUAUGCAGGUCACGGUCGCUCUUGGAUACAAGUACCUCUGGAUCGACUCGCUUUGUAUAAUCCAGUCGGGGGACGACCAGAAGGACUGGAAAGAGCAGUCGAUGCUGAUGGGCCGAGUGUAUCAAAACGCCCAGUGCAACAUUGUUGCAUCUUCAUCCAAAAACGGGAAGGGAGGCUGCUUCCAAAAAAGAGACGCCGCCGCCAUGGCAUACACGACCACGUCAUUGAAGAUGGCGAAUCAAGCUUCCCAGGAGUUCCAAAUUGUCGAAAAAGGGGCUUGCAAGCAGCCUCUUGAGAAAGCAAUCCUGAACACUCGAGCCUGGGUCCUUCAAGAACGAUAUUUAUCCCGACGACAGCUUUGCUUCACCAAAGACCAGGUUUAUUGGGAGUGUACCGAACACACGGCCUGUGAGCAACAACCAUGGGGUGUAUAUCAAGAGGAAUCGUCAGUGCAGACACAUGAGCAGAAGCCUUGCAUCAUAUGGGACAGCCAAGAUAGCUUUUGCAAGUCCUGGACGAGUCUUGUGAAAAGAUACUCAGCUUGUCAGUUAACUCGCUGGUCGGAUAGAACAAUCGCUUUGGCUGGCCUGGUUGCUUUGGCUAGAGAUAAGAUCAAAGACGAAUACUACGCUGGGCUCUGGGGAAACCGUCUACUCGAGCAACUUUGCUGGUAUUCAUGCCAAGGUGGACAGGUCAGAACAAGAUCACCUGAGAUACGGGCGCCUACUUGGUCCUGGAUGAGCCUUGGAGGGGACGUCGAGAUGCAUUCAUGGUACACAUCUCCUUCGCCUAGGGAAACUUCUCUUGCGGAAGUGUUGGAAAUAUCCAUCGAGUCUGAUGAACCAAACAAGCUUCACACUUUUUCGACUUCGACUCUGGCCAUCCGGGGCCUCGGAGUAUGGGUGGACUUGGUCAAGUUAGUCCGUCCAGGAAUGCGGCUUCAACCAUGUCCUUACGUGGCGCACGUAUUGCAGGAUGGCCUCAGUGCGCUCCCGUUUCCAACUUCCCUGGCCGGCGGCCCUGGGCUAGUGGUGCACUGGGAUGAGAACAGCAACUACAAUUUCGAAACCGAGGACCUUCUUGCAAAACGUAACUCAACCUUACUAAUACUCUUCAUGUCAAUUUCUUCUUGGUUGCAGGAAGACCAGAGUGACUCGGAUGGGUCUGGAGAGGGGGGAAGCGAAAGCAGCGACAGCCCGAAUGAGGAAGCGCAAGAUCCUGGAGCGGCCGAAGAGGUGGAAUCUAGACAACCUAAACUGCACGGGCUGGUGCUUUGGCGCUCAAGUGGGAGGCAUGGUGAUGGUGCAUUCGAGAGACUCGGUUUUGCAGAGUUUGGAGACGUCUGGCCUGGCUCCAAGACAGACGCGGUGGUGGUGCUACCAGAGAUAGACGAGAUGUUAGCGCCUGUUGGGUUGCCGGCGGUACCGAGUGGUGAUUGCGCUUGGUUGCUGCCCUAUGAGGCCGGAGAGGACAAGAAGUGGGGGGCAGAAAUAAAAGACGUCUUCGCAAGAGGCGAAGGAGGGUUUCAUGGCGUUGCUUGUCAAGGCCGAGGACGAGAGGGCGAGAUUGGAGGAGGGGACCGACCCUGUUUCUCUGCUGUGGAGAGCUGGUCUGGUCUAAACUGGUACUUGGAGGGAAAUCGUCAAGAGUCGAUCUUGUUAAAGGAGGACACAGGCACACGACGUGCGAAGAGAUACUGGGUUGGGCUCCUCACUCUGUUUGUCAACUCAUCCUCGCCAUAUCAUCCUCGCACCGACAUCUUUGUGCAUCGCUACAUUCGACGAUUACUCUCCCAGAGGCAGCGAGACCUUGUCCAGGGUGGGGUUCGUUUCUUCUCCUACUACCAGCCCUCGCUCCAGGGCGGCAUCUACACACCCAAGGUGUCGCAGGAGAUCGCGUUGCCCGGCGAGGCCACGACCGAGACAAUGGAAGAGAAACCCCAAGACUUCAAAUUAAUCGCGCCACGAUUCAGCUUGCCGCCAGGAGUCGUCGACUCGGUUGACCCGCCCCCCGGCGCCAGUGCGCCCGUGGCAGUCCUUCCGCAUAUUGUCUCCAACGACGCACAUCUACCAUGGGAGCAGGAGGCCACCUUUGUCGACCGGGAAGCGGAGGAAAGGGACCUACGCAGCCCAAAUCCAUGGUUGCUUCUCCUGACUUUUUCGCCAGAAGAGCUCAAGCUCGACGAUGCCAGUCUCGGAGCCAUCGUCGACGGCUUGUCCGAUGCCAAGGUCGAACAGAGCGAGACAAUGACAGUCCGGAUGCGCGCGGCCCAAACACAGUCGCUCAAGACGGUUGUGAAUACCAUUCCGUACGACCAUGAGCGCGACGGGCGUGACGCCGAGGGCCCGAUCGACGUCAUCUUCUUGAAGAAGGAUCUAUUCAGGUCGCUGUUCACAGAUCCGGUGGCCCGAACCAACACCCUCGACGUCUCCCAGUAUAAGUACCUGGCUCAUGUGCGUCAAGUCGCCAUCGACGGCGCGGCCGGCGCGGGCACUGGCGAGAACGACGACUCGGACCGCUUUGGCAUCGUGGUUUCGCCCAGGACAGGCCCUCUUGAUCCCAAGGUGCCCGCGACCAACCUUGUGCAUCUGGUAUCACUCAACACAAGGUCGAGCGGCGAGCUGCAGCAGGAACUGGACUCCGAUAGCAGCCGUGUCGCCCUCGUCAGCUUGUACAGCUGGUCAUAUACAUGCACCCCGUCCGAGGCCGAUGACAGCCCACGAUCGCUCUUGGUACAUUCGGGGAAGAACCUUACCGUCUUUCACGCCCUGACACCGGCCCAGCACGAGAAACCCUCGGCGACAGACGCAGGUUCGGAUCUAGCCCGCGACCUCAUCGCCAAACGACAGGAGGAUGGGUACACCUUGGUAAAACAUCGAACGAUCACCGGCGAGACCACGGCAGCUAUGAUCCGCGGCCCGUUCAGUCCCAAAUACGUCCCCCAUCCCUGGGUCGAAGGUCUCGCCAUCCAGUCCAACUUUGGGUCCGACCUGCAGAUAUUGGACCCGGCUCUCUCUUUAAUGGACGUCACCUACUCCAGCGCGUGGCAGCUGGGUAAGACGCUUGCCAUGGGAGACGAAGUCUUCUGCACGGCUUUGGCUCGCCUGCGCAACCUGAUCCACGGGAGCUCUCUGGGCUCUGCAAAGGCCGACGAGCACAGUGUUCGGGGGGUGUACCGGUCUCGGAUCAAUAAAGUCGGUGCCAUGGGAAAUCUGGUCAAGAGUCUCAAUAGCCUCAACGAAACCCUCCGCCAAGAAGAAGAUGGGGCAACCGCCGUUGACAGCAACCGCUGGGACUAUUUGAAUAUCACCCAGUCCUCCUCUCAGAACAGCAGUGCUCGCCGUGUCGACACGUCUACGCACUCGCCGCACAUCUCCACUCGCAUUGUCGCUCUCGCGGAGGCGGCGGCCAUGGCGCCAACCACGGCUACUACCGGAGAGCUCUACAACGGGCACAAGGCACCUGAGAACGUCGACUUCGCACAUGUAUACACAUGGGUGCUAGACAAGCUUCGUCUCGCCAACGUCCCCGCUCACUACCUCCUGCCAGACCCGUCUUUCCUACCGCAGGAAACGCUGCGCUUCUUCUAUCUGGACAAGAACUGGACCGAUGCCCUCGUCGACGGCGCAUUGAGUCUUGCCAACCACUGGGCGUCUACCCCGGAAAAGGACUUUAGUCGUACCGCCAUCAAGGAUGCGAUACAGAAGCGCCUGGACGAGACGAACCCAUCACUCGGUGGCUGGCACGUCCAGACGCCCCAGUACGGCUUCAUCAUGCGCUCGGAAUUAUUGGUGCAGUUUCCGGACAUCACCGUCGUCGCAGAAUGUUCCGAGACGCGGACCAAGGCAGUGAAAGCCCCCAAGGCACCGAUCCUUGUGCAGAAGACUCUGAGUGCGGAUACCAUGUAUUGCCUCUUCGAAUGCACCCCGCCGGACCUGAAGAGCAUCACUUUCACCGUGCCGCCUCACCAGCAGCGCUUUGUCAUCGGCAGCGACAUCACCGAGAAGGCCCUGACUAUUUCGUUCAAGAAGGUUUAUACGGAGCCGGACCCGUCCAAGAGGCAUGACCAGGACAUCAAGGAGCCGAUCGAGGAAAUCUCGCUCGGCAUGGAUGUCGGCGAAAUCUUUGACCUCGAGUCACGCACCAUGAAGGUGAGGCCGUACGUUAACCGCGUCUUCAAAACGCUUCAUCAGAGCCUCGACGCGAACGACUUCAAAGACAACGCCCCUACCUCCACCCUCCUGGCCCUACAGCUGAACGAGUCCAUCCCCGAGCUACUUAUCAGCCUCCCCCAAGCCGCCUCAUCAACAACAACGCCAACGCCAACCCCAUCACCCCCCACAGCUACCUCCAAGCCUCAUGAGACCUUCCGCUUCUCUCUUCCCUCCCUUCCAUCCUAA